GCGAUAAUACCUCGAUAUUUUAAAAAUUUCGGGGACAUCUGUCAUACGCUUCCAAGUAGGGCAGAGCAAGCGCAGGACGCUGCCUGCGCAGUUUAGCGGUCUCUCUCUCUCGCCUUGGAUUGUGAGAAAGGAAGAAGAAGAAGCUCAAAAGCUAGGGUUUUCAUCUGAAAUAUAGGGUUUUACAGCAGAACUUGAAAAUUCCUACCAUUAAUGGUGGCGUUGGAGAUAGAGGUAGAGGCAGAAAGAUGAUGAGAAACGCAGACGACGGAGACGAGCCCGAGAAGAAGAAGCGCCAUCUCAACUCCGUCCCCUCUUCGCCAAUGGCCAAAAACUCUCUCUCUCCUCCCGACGGCAAACCAGUUGAUGCGGCAGAUCUCCAAUAUCGGAAUCAAAAGCUUGUUCAGCAGUUAGAUGCCCAGAAAAAUGGAAUGCACGUACUCGAAGGGAAGUUCAAAGAAUUGAAAGACAAACAGAUCUCAUAUGAUGAGACGUUAAUCACAGUGAACAGACUGUGGAAUCAGCUGGUUGAUGAUUUGAUCCUGCUUGGACUGCGAGCUGGUGGCUAUGAAAAAGGUUUACAAGCUCUGGAUGUUGCACAUCGUUCUAGAGGUGUAAUUCCAUCAUGCCCUGCAGAGGAGACAUUUCUGUGUGGACUUCUACAAACAGGUCCUAUUGAAAGCAAUGAUGCAAAUGAAACCAUCAAACAUGUUGAAGAAGCCCUUGCUUCCCGUCAUUCAUCCACAAUGGAAUUGAUGAAAUACCUUGAGGAGACUAUUGAUGCCCAAAGAGCUAAAACUGAAAGCUUAUCGCCGACUUUAGGUGGAAAGCUAUCUGCAGAAGAUGCUUUCAUCCAACUGCAUAAGAUUGGUGAUUUGUUGAGAGAGGAGGCUAGCAAUCUGCGCAGGGUGAUUGAUAUCAUUCACUCAAAGCAUAAAGAAUACACCGAUGAGAUGCAGAAAUAUCUUGAGAGCCAGUCAACAGACCAGUCUGAGAUAAAGCGCCUUGCAGGUGAGCUGGAGGAAAGCAUGGCAGAGCUUGAGGAAAGUCGGCGAAAGUUGGUUAAUUUGAAAAUGCAGAAGGAUGGAGUGUCUGGAGUGCAUGUUCCACUUUUGGGCACAGUAAAUGGGGGUAAUUCACCAGACAAGCCUGCAGAUAGGACUAUGGGGUUACGCGAGUUGAAGGAUUCGGUGGAGGAGGCUAAGACACUGGCAGGAACCCGUCUUUCUGAGCUUGAGGAAGCACGGGAAGACAAUCUUAUCCUGACAGAGAAAUUGCAGACUCUCCAGAACGAAUUGGAGGAUGACAAAUAUGUAGUCUCAUCUAAACCGUACUCUUUACUUAGUGAUCAGCUCCAACAUUUGAAUGCUGAACUCGAGCGAUGCAAGGGGUUAACAGAUGCCUUGCAGGCUGACAGGAAUAAUAUCCUGCGAAGGGAGAAGGAACUGAGUGUCAAAGGAGAGUCAGCAGAUGCUGCAAGAAGUGCUGUUAGUGAUGCUGAGCUUAAGAUACAAGAGUUAGAGCUUCAGCUGCAGAAGUGUAUCAUAGAAAGAAAUGAUCUUGAAAUUAAAUUGGAAGAAGCUGAGCAGGAUUCAGGGAGAAAAGAUAUAAAAUCAGAAUUCCGUGUCAUGGCAUCAGCCUUGUCUAAAGAGAUGGAAAUGAUGGAAACCCAGUUGAAUCGGUCUAAGCAGACAGCAUGCGAAGCCAUCUCUUUACGUGAAGAGGCUCAUUCUCUGAAAGCUUUAUUAGAUAGAAAGAUGAGUGAACACAAGAGCCUAUCGAAUAGGUGUGCUGAACAAAUGGUAGAGAUCAAGUCUCUUAAAGCACUGAUUGAAAACCUUCAGAAGCAAAAGCAGGAGCUCCAAAUCUUUUUGGAUAUGUAUGGACAAGAGUGCUUUGAAAAGAGGCUUUCUACUGUGAAUUCCAGAGACGUGACAGAAAUCAAGGAAUCAGAACGUAGAGCCCAGGUGCAAGCUGAAAUCUUGAAAAGUGCUUUGGAUGAACACAGUCUAGAGUUGCGAGUGAAGGCUGCGAAUGAGGCUGAGGCAGCUUGCCAACAAAGGCUUUCCGCCGCUGAAGCUGAAAUUGUUGAUUUAAGGGCAAAAUUAGAUGCUUCUGAGAGACAAGUGUUGGAGCUUAAGGAGGCCAUAAAAAUAAAAGAUGGGGAAGCAGACGCUUAUAUUUCUGAAAUUGAGACAAUUGGUCAAGCAUAUGAAGACAUGCAGACGCAGAACCAACAUUUGCUCCAGCAGGUCGCUGAAAGGGAUGAUUACAAUAUUAAGCUGGUUUCUGAGAGCGUGAAAGCAAAACAAGCACAGAGCUGCCUCCUUUCUGAAAAGCAGACGAUAGCCAAGCAACUCCAGCAGGUUAAUGAAUCAUUAGAUUUCUUAAAACUGAAGAUUGCUCGCAGUGAAGAGCAGAUGAAGGCAUCUCUGAUUCAAGCUGGAAAAGUUUCUCUGGAGAACAGACAUCUUGCCAUCAACAUGGAGAGUGCAAAACUAGAGUUGGUAGAUGCCGAGAAAGAGCUGAAGUGGCUAAGGUCUGCUGUUGAUUCUUCAGAGAAGGAAUAUGAGCAGAACCAGAGGAAGAUAGUUGAGCUCCAAGCAGAGUUGGAGAGUGAAAGAAAUGAGAAGAAGAAGCUUGAGGAAGAGCUUGCGGAAUGGAAUAGCAAGGUUACUGAAAUGAGUUCUGAAAAUAGGGAGGCUGCAAUCCAGAAGCUUCAGGAUGAAAUCAAAGAGUGCAAAGCAAUACUGAAGUGUGGCGUAUGUUUUGACCGGCCAAAGGAGGUUGUAAUUAUUAAAUGCUACCACCUUUUCUGCUAUCCAUGCAUUCAGAGGAAUCUGGAGAUCCGCCACAGGAAGUGCCCUGGCUGUGGCACUCCCUUUGGGCAGAAUGAUGUGCGGGAAGUGAAUAUCUGAAUUGCCUUUUUCGAUCUCUAAUGCAGUGUUUGGAUGUACUUUUGAACUGAAUUGAAAUUAUUUAGUUCAAUGAGGAAUAAUCAAAUCAAACUUCUUUGCCAUAGCAGUCCUAUUGAGGGUGUAGGCUCCAGAAUUGCAUUUGCCUUGCUUUCAAAUCGGACUUUGAAGGGAAUGCAACUGCAAAUCAAGGGCUCUACUUUGUCAAUAUGAUUCGGUCAUUCCACUUCAUUGAACUGCUGAUCGCAAUUCAAUUCAGUAGUGCGCACCCAAACACGGCCUAAAUCUACUCGAUUGCAUACGGUUUCAGUUUUUGUUAGUGUUUUGAAGUAUGCAGUUGCGUGAUUUUCGACAACAGAGCUUAGUGUUCUUUAUAGCAUACAUCUGCAUGCUGUCUUGCUUGUUCACCCGCA